AGUGUAUAAGUAAUUAACUCAAAAGAAUAACACUACUUUAUUCAUUUAAAAGAGUUGUAUAAAUAAAAAGCAGUAUCUCAGUAUUGUGAGGAAACUUGAUUACAUUCCAGUUUGAACCCUGAAAGGCAUGGAAUAUUCUCAACUUGUGAUUGUUGUUACCUUCUUUGUGUUGUUGCUCUUGCAUUGUCUCCUUAAAAACUACAAGCCAAAAACCAGUGACAAGUUACCCCCUGGUCCAAAGAAGAUAGCCAUCAUAGGGAACCUGCAUCAACUAGCAUUAGCAGGUUCACUUCCACAUCAUGCUCUCAGACAACUUUCCCAUAAACAUGGUCCUCUCAUGCACCUCCAACUAGGUCAAAUUUCAGCAGUGGUGGCAUCCUCCCCCACCAUGGCCAAGGAAAUAACCAAAACGCACGAUGCCAAUUUUCUGCAGAGGCCACAUCUUAUAUCUGCACAAAUCUUUUCCUACGGUGGAAAAGACAUUGUUUUUGCUCCAUACGGUGACUACUGGAGACAAAUGAAGAAAAUACUCGUGUCAGAACUUCUUAGUGCCAAGAGAGUCCAGUCUCUCUCUUUUAUCAGAGAAGACGAAACAGCAAAGUUUAUAGACUCAAUUCGAGCUUCAGCAGGUUCACCAAUCAAUCUCACUAGCAGAAUUUUCUCACUGAUAAAUGAUUCUGUUUCCAGGGCAACAGUUGGUAGAAAAUCUAAGGACCAGGCUGAGUUUGUGUCUUUGAUUCGGAAAAUGGUAGCAUCUGUGGGAGGAUUUGACCUUUCUGAUUUGUUUCCUUCAAUGAAAUUUAUACAUUUCAUAACUGGGAAGAAGGCCAAAUUGGAGAAGUUGCAUAAGCAGGUUGACAAGGUCUUGGAGAUCAUUGUCAAAGACCAUCAAGAAAGGAAAAUAGGAGUAAAAGAAGGAAGAGUUGAAGCAGAGGAAGAAGAUCUUGUUGAUGUUCUUCUCAGAAUCCAACAAAGUGACAAUCUUGACAUCAAAAUGACCACUAGUAACGUCAAAGCUUUGAUACUGGACAUAUUCACUGGUGGAACUGAUACUUCAGCAUCAACACUAGAGUGGGCUAUGACAGAAAUGAUGAGAAAUCCAAAAGUGAGGGAGAAAGUACAGGCUGAGUUAAGACAAGUAUUUAAAGGAAAGGAAAUAAUUGAUGAAAGUGAUCUAGAGCAACUAACGUAUUUGAAGUUGGUGAUCAAAGAGACAUUGAGGGUACACCCUCCUACUCCUUUAUUGAUCCCUAGAGAAUGCUCUAAACAAACCAUUAUUGAUGGGUAUGAAAUACCUGUCAAGACUAAAGUCAUGAUAAAUGUAUGGGCAAUUUGUAGGGAUCCUCAAUACUGGACUGAUGCAGAUAGAUUUAUCCCUGAGAGAUUCGAUGGUAGUCCUAUCGAUUUCAAAGGGAAUAACUUUGAGUAUCUACCAUUUGGGGCAGGAAGGAGAAUGUGCCCAAGCAUCACAUUUGGUUUAGCCAGCAUUAUGCUUCCAUUGGCUCUAUUACUCUAUCACUUCAAUUGGGAACUCCCAAAUGGGAUGAAACCUGAGAAUAUAAACAUGACUGAACGUUUCGGAUUGGCUAUUGGGAGGAAAAACGAUUUGUGUUUGAUUCCCUUUAUUUAUGAUCCUUGAAUGCAUGCUUGACGUGUCCAUGUUCAUUAAUCACUUUUAGCUAUUGUAUUUUAGUGAUUUUAUGCGCUAAGAAAAUAAAAAUUGCUAGUGUGUUUUAAUUAUUUCGUAUAUGUAUAAAUAAAAGCCUAGUUAUUAAUAGAUCUUUAUUUAUACAAUUGUCCCCUUUCUUAUCUCUAUAUA